AUGGUGCGAAGUUUUGUCGGAACCAUUGUAGGCCUCAAAUACCGCCUUAAAGUCCAACGCUACGACGACCGCGUUAUGAAAAUAGUCUUCCUGGCUGAAGGCAGAAAACUCCACUUCAUAUGCGCGUACGCUCCCCAACUCGGAUGCUCGGCAAAGUCAUUAGAAUACUUCUGGGACAUGUUGGACAACAUCACUGCAGAAGCGUCACUGGAAGACUACCUCAUCUACUCCGGCGACCUGAACACGUCGGCUCGAAAGCGGUGUCAUACCAAUGCAACGGAUCUCACGGCUACGGUGCAGCAAAUGAGGAGAGCGUGAGGAAUCUGGAGUACAGGACGAGCCAUGAAGCGAUCGUCGCCAACACGAUGUUCACAAAGAGGGAGUCUUACAUCAAGACGUUCUACAGCACAAGGGGCCAAACGCAGAUAGACUACAUCACAAUCAGAAGAGCGGACAGAUGCGCAGUGCUGGGCUGCAAAGCUCUCGCCUACGAGACGGUAGCGCCGCAGCACAGGCUUCUCCUGGCUGACCUACGGAUAGCGGCUGCGAAGAAGAUCAGAUGA